UCGCCUCACUUGGCUGGAAAACUCCGGAGUUGGCUUCUCCUUGGAUUAUCCCACCAUAAGCUUACACGCCGUCUCCCGGGACCUGAGCGCCUACCCGUGGGAGCACCUCUACGUCAUGGUGAACGCCAAGUUCGAAGAGGAGACGAAAGAGGCUCCCGUGGCCGAAGGGGAGGAGGAGGACGACAGCGAUGACGAUUCUGAACCGAUUGCGGAAUUCCGAUUUGUACCGAGCGACAAAUCAGCCUUGGAAGCCAUGUUUGCAGCCAUGUGCGAGUGCCAGGCUCUGCACCCGGACCCGGACGAUGAGGAUUCAGACAACGACUACGAAGGGGAGGAGUACGACGUCGAGGCCCACGAGCUAGAACACGGCGACAUCCCGAGCUUUUACACCUACGAGGAAGGAUUGUCGCAUCUAACGGCGGAAGGUCAGGCCACGCUGGAGAGGUUAGAGGGCAUGUUAGCCCAGUCGGUCAGCAGCCAGUACAACAUGGCCGGGGUGAGGACAGAGGACUCCAUCAGGGAGUAUGAAGACGGGAUGGAAGUGGACGUAGCGCCAGUAGUGGCGGGGCAGUUUGAAGACGCGGAAGUCGAUCACUGA